AUGGCGAUGAUUUUCUCGGAAUCAAAUCAUCAGCACGCGCACGGGGACGCGGCCGCCGUCGUCGUCCAUGGCGCCAUCGACUCGCCGCAGGAAGCCAAAUCGAUCCUGGAGGCCGGCGGGGCGAACCCAUCCAACAAGGACCAGCCGGUGGACAGCCCGAGGUUGAUCCCGAAAGAUGUGAAACUUAUGGACGGGAUCCAAGGCGCACGCGUGAAACGAGACGCCGACCACGGACAUGCGCACGGAGCUGCUGAACACGGCAACAUUCACGCGCAAAUCGGCUACUCCCUCGUCGUCGGCUUCAUCUUCAUGCUGCUCGUCGACCAAGUCAGCAACAUUGCGCUUUCUAAGUCCGACCGAAAUGGGCGUCAGCGGAUAGGACUGUCGGCGACGAUCGGGCUCGUUGUGCACGCGGCUGCCGAUGGAGUUGCACUUGGCGGCGCCUCUUCGAUCAACCGCACCGACGUGCAGAUGAUCGUCUUCAUGGCCAUCAUGCUGCACAAGGGCCCCGCCUCGUUUGGCCUCGUUUCGUUUCUUAUCAUGGAGGGCCUCGAUAAGCGUGCAGUCAAGAAGCAUCUGCUCGUCUUCUCCUCGGCCGCCCCUACAGCCGCCAUCCUCACCUACAUGAUCAUCGGCGGGGCCACCGACGGGAUCUCGGGCAACGAUUCGACGAUUGGUAUCCUGAUGCUCUUCUCCGCCGGCACGUUCCUCUACGUCGCCACGGUGCAUGUGUUGCCAGAAUUGGCAAGCCAAUCGAAAAACUACGAUCUGCUGGUGAUGGACAUUCAAUCGCCGUCCACCCUUCGGCAUUCCCACUCGCACGGCGUCUCAUUUUCAAUGACGGAAUUGUUCUACAUGAUCGUCGGCGCCGUCAUCCCGGCCAUCCUCGCCUCGGACACAGCCAUUAGCGCGUCGAAAAUCGUUUUUACGGGCCUUACGCUCGUCGAG